GGUAAAUUUUUGCUUCACUUUUCCAAAAAGAAAUGUAGCAUAGCCUAAAACUAAUUUAAUUUUAUUAUAUGUACUCCAAAUUUGUUAAUUAUUAUUUGAUUUUAAAUACUAUACUCAACUUUGUUUUGUUAAAGCAUUUCCAACAGAUUCUUAAACUUUCAAAUUUUGAAAUUUUUUACUCUUCAACAUACCUUCAAAUUCUCGAAUUUUGAGAUUUUAUAACUUACCUAUAAUUCUACUAAUACUAAUUUUGCAUCAUUUUAAUUUUUAUAGUUAUAUUUCACUUAAAUUUUUAAAUAUAUCUUUACAUGUAUAUUAUUAUUAGUACAUAAAACAUAUAGAUGUGUUAAAGUCAAAAUUAUUAAUAUAUAAUAUUAUUAUGAGAAAUAUACAUAUUAUGCAUAUGUAAUUUAACCAUUUUAUUCGAUAUCUAUAUAUGAAUUAUAAAUAUUAUGUUUUCCAUUUUUAAUGUGUAUUGAUUAUUUAUUUAUAAAAAAAUGGUGUUUCUAAUUAAUUAUUAUUAAAGCUGAAGACUAACAUGUAAUAUACAAUAACAUUUAAAAAAUAUUUAUUAUUUAAUGUUUAUAUUUGGAACAACUCAGUUUCAAAUACUCAUUUUGAAAAUCAUCUACCCUCAAAAUAAGGUUCAUUGGUGGAGAUCAUCUUAGCCUCGUUUGAUUGUUAAGCAUUAACCACUGUUAUUUUGUUUGUUCUGUUCAGUUUGUUGUUCGAUUUGAUUGUUUGAUCACUAGUAAAAAUCUGACGCAUAGCCACGGUAUUGCCACUAAAAAACCGUGGCUAGGAAAAAAAAGCCACGCAAACGCCACGUAACAGCCACGAAGCAAUAUUACCCACGGAAAACCCAAAACAAAGCCACGAAUAAACCACGAAUAAGAAGCGUGGCUAGGAUAGCCACGAUACAGCCACCAAGUUUUCGUGGGUAAAGGGCUAGCCACGAUUUAGUCACUAAAUAAUACCGUGGCUAUGUCUUGUUUUUAUGUGCCGACAAUGAAAUAGUAGUGCUAUGUCCAAUCGUAUUGACCAAAUGUAAUAUAGCCACGGUUUGUUCAUGGCUGUUCUGUGGCUGAGAUGUGCUUUAAGCAGUGCGAGUCAGAGAAUUAUUCGAUUGGCAGUGAUAUUUUUCAAAAGCCACGAUUCUUUAGUGGCUAAAGCGUGGUUACGUUGUAAUAUAUAAACUUCUCACAGGUGAAACGUUAAGAACUUUCGAUGUCCUCUCAAAUUUUCUAAACAAAAUCAUGUUUUUCUACUUUGAGUCGAGGGAAUGGAUGGAACAAAGGAUUGAUCCUGAAAGUAAUUCCGUUUCAGAAGUGUUUCUCGGAGGGAUUGAUGCAUUUAUUCAAUUUGCCUGUAAUCAAGCAGAUUACAAGGAGCGACAAACUUUAUUGUGUCUGUGUGCUCGAUGCAAAAAUGGGAAGCAGCGGGAUGCAAAAGUUGUCGCAAGACAUCUAGUCUUAUACGGUUUUAAGGGAAAUUAUUAUGUUUGGACGAGUCAUGGAGAAAAAUUCUACGAUGUUGGUGAGAGUUCCGGGGCGAAUCAUUCGGCAAGUGAAGAGGCGAUGUGGGAGAAUCCUACUUGGAAUGCUCAUGAAGAUCACUAUCAAGGUAUUCCAGAAGUACAAGCAGACAUUGCGCCACCAUACAUGUCGGAACCUAUAGAAGAGACGAACGUAGCAGAGCCAUAUCGUGAUAGUGUUUUUGAAGCAUUUGAAGCAGCCACUCAACCUCUCAACGAAGGUUGCGCAGACGGAAUAUCUUACUUGUCUCUUGCUUCGCGGAUGAUGAAAGUGAAGACAUAUUAUAAUUUGGCGGAAGCUUGUGUAGAUGAGAUAUCUGAAGUAUUUAGAAGUAUGCUUUCACAGCCAAAUAAAGCUCCAGCAACGUAUUACGAGACAAAGAAACUGACUCGAGCGCUUGGGUUACCCGUACAGAAGAUUGAUGUCUGUGUGAAGAAUUGUAUGUUAUUUUGGGAAGGAGAAGAUGCGAAGUUGGAACGUUGUCGGUUUUAUAAUGAAGAUCGCUACUACCCGAACAAUAGAAAAGGGAAAAAGAAACCAACACAGAGAAUGUUUUACCUGCCUAUUGCAGAUCGUCUGAAACGUCUAUACCAACUCGAGGAGUCAGCUUCCAAUAUGCGGUGUCAUAAGGAACAUGUGACUUCGGAGGGCGAAUUGCAUCACCCAUCUGAUGCCAUAGCCUGGCAACACUUUAAUGAGGUAUAUCCCGCAUUUGCUGCUGAAAGCCGGAACAUUUAUCUAUGCUUAUCAACAGAUGGGUUUAAUCCGAUUGGUAUGAAUGGCGAAGCACAUUCCUUUUGGCCCGUUAUUGUAACUCCAUACAAUUUACCUCCGGGAAUGUGUAUGAAAAGAGAAUUCUUUUACCUUUCGGUGCUAAUUCCUGGGCCUAAACAUCCAAGGAAAAGCUUAGAUAUUUACCUUCAGCCGUUAAUUGAAGAAUUACAGAGUUUACGGAAGUAUGGUGUGGAAGCAUAUGAUAUUUCAAGGAAAGAAAGUUUCAUAAUGCGAGCAGUGUUGAUGUGGACGAUAAGCGAUUUUCCAACGUAUGGCAUGCUUCAGGUUGGACAACUCAUGGUCGGUUGGCAUGCCCAUAUUGUCAAGAUGAGACUGGUGCAUUCUUGUUAGCUAAUGGACGGAAACAUAGUUGGUUUGAUUGCCACCAAAGGUUCUUAGAUGCAGAUCAUCCUUACAGGAAAAACUCUCAAGCAUUUAGACGGAAAAAACAGUUGUAGAUCCUCCUCCACCGUGGUUGACCGGAGAAGAAAUACUACGUGAAAGGAUAAAUAAUAUACAAGGUUUAUCAAAAUAUGUUGAAUGUGGAGGGAAUGGACACGAUAACCCAUCGAAGACAAUAUCUGGCUACGAAGUUAUUCACAAUUGGGUAAAGAAGAGUAUCUUCUGGGAGUUACCGUAUUGGGAAAAUCAUCUUCUUCGGCAUAACCUUGAUUUCAUGCACAUUGAGAAAAACGUCUUUGAUAACCUGACGAACACGGUGUUAAAUGCUCCUGGAAAGACAAAGGACAACAUCAUAAGCAGAUUGGAUCUUCCAGGACUAUGCAAAAGACGGGAUUUAGAGAUGAAAGAGGAUGGAACGAUGCCCGUGCCAAUAUUCAGACUGUCAAAUGAGGCAAAACGUCAAUUUCUUAUGUGGCUGAAAAAUAACAUAAAAUUUCCCGAUGGAUACGCCUCCAAAUUUAGUUGAUGUAUUGAUGAAAGCAAUUUAAAGCUACAUGGACUAAAAAGUCAUGAUUGUCAUGUCAUAAUGGAACGACUAUAUCCGUUUGCGUUCGCUGAACUCCUUCUGAAAAAUGUUCACACUGCAAUUCAAGGUAUUUCUUUAUUGUAUCAUUUUUAAAUUUACUAUAAUCGAUGUUAUAACUAUAAUGGUUUUUUUUUACAAAUAUUGCCCUCUUUUUCCGAGAUAUCUCCUCGAAGAUUUUGAAAAAAUCAGAUGUUGGUCUUUUAAAGGCAACUAUCGGUGUGAAGCUUUGUAACUUGGAAAAGAUAUUUCCUCCAUCAUUUUUUGAUGUUAUAGAACAUCUUCUUAUGCACCUUCCAGAUGAGGUAGCCUUAGGUGGUCCCGUCCAUUUUAGGUGGAUGUAUGUAUUUGAAAGAUACAUGUACCAUUUGAAAAAGAUGGUCAAAAACAAAGCACACAUUGCUGGUUCGAUAAUUGCACAAUGGAUAAACGAGGAGAUUUCAAGGGCCUCCUCAAAUUUUUUUGGGCAUCCUGAAAUCAUGAGCAUUCCAGAAGGUCCGAAUGAUAUUCGUUUCUCGUACAAUUAUCCGGAUGUACCACCUUUGUUUUACCAUGAAGGGAGAAUCAGUGGUCAAUGCUCAACAGGUUGGUUGAAUGAUGAAGAUAACAUUGUCCUUCAGACAUUUCUGAUGUUCAACUGUGAAACAUUUGCUCCAUAUGAAAGGAUGUUUGAAGAGUAUAUGACGCUAAGUGUUCCUGAUAUUAGUCCAACUGCAGUGCAGAAAGCGAAAGACACAAAGUUUGAUGAGUGGUGCAAAGACUACGUGAGUUUUACUGUAUUAAUAUUAUCGAGUUCCACGAUUUAUAUAAUAUAACUUCUAAUUCACAAUAAUGUUAUUGUAUUGCAUAUUAAUGAUGCAACUCAGUUUUACACAUUUCCUAUGUGGAUGUUGGAUUUUGUACAAGGUCCUAGGCGUAGUUAUAGGUCCUUGCCAAUAUAUCACACACGUGGAUACACUUUUCACACUCAUAACCACGGUCAAAAUAGGAAAACUCAACAUUAUGGUGUUUGUGUCCCUGGAACCAAUGAUAUGGACUACUAUGGCCUCAUACAGGAGAACAUGAUGGUGGAGUAUCAUGGUGAUGUUGGCUUGAAAGUCAUGGUUUUUAAAUGUUUAGAAAAUCACGGUAUGAGAAGAAAUUUAUCUGGUCUUGUUGAUGUCUCACCACGCAGGCAAUAUGCAAAAUAUGAUCUUUUUGUAUUACGAGGUAACUGAAAUAUAUAUAUAUAUUGUUUUUUGAGAUUUGAUGUCUAUGAUGUUAUUAUGUCA